UGCCCAAAGUUUUUUUUUUCCUUCCAUCAUCAUUUAUUCUGUGACAAACAAAUACAAACUUAGCAAGAGUUUGUUGAUGUUUUUUGUCCUGCUUAUCAUCAUCAAAUAGAACAAGAAAACAAAAGACCACCCUCUAUUAACUUUUCCUUUGUUCUUUCCUAAUCCUCUUCUAUCAUAAACACACACACACACUAAGGCAUACUACCAUACACUAACAAGAACAUAUAUUGAGAGCAAUGGAGGAUAGCAAAUAUGAAGUUGAAGAAUGUAGAGGUGUUCUUAGGGUAUAUAGUGAUGGAACUAUAGCAAGAUCAAGUAAGCCAAGUUUUGAAGUGUCUAUACAUGAUGAUGGCUCAAUUCUUUGGAAAGAUGUUGUAUUUGAAGCCAUGCAUAACCUUCAGCUCCGGCUCUACAAGCCGGCUUACCCUACCUCCUCUACGGCUAAGCUCCCCGUGUUUUACUACAUUCACGGAGGUGGUUUUUGCAUUGGCUCUCGUACAUGGCCCAACUGUCAGAACUAUUGUUUCAAGCUCGCUUCCGAUCUCCAAGCCGUGGUUAUCUCCCCUGACUAUCGGCUGGCUCCUGAGAACCGGCUCCCAGCCGCUAUUGAAGAUGGCUACGCAGCUGUGAAAUGGCUUCAAGACCAAGCCGUGUCCAAUGAGCCGGACACGUGGCUUACGGAUGUUGCCGACUUUAGCCGAGUUUUUAUUUCGGGUGACUCGGCUGGUGGCAACAUUGCGCAUCAUUUAGCGGUCCGGCUUCAAGCCGGCUCAGCCGAGCUGGAUCCGGUUCGAGUUAGGGGUUAUGUGUAUUUGCUUCCUUUCUUUGGAGGGACUAAAAGGACAAAAUUUGAAGCUGAGGGACCAAAAGAAGCUUUCUUAGACAUUGAACUCAUUGACAGGUUUUGGAGGCUAUCAAUACCAAUUGGAUCAACAACUGACCAUCCAAUUGUGAAUCCAUUUGGGCCCAGCAGCCCAAAUUUGGAAAAAAUUGAUCUCGACCCAAUUCUUGUGCUUGUUGGAGGAUGUGACCUACUUAAAGAUAGAGCACAAGACUAUGCAAAUAAAUUGAAGAGUUUUGGCAAAAAUAUUGAAUAUGUGGAAUUUGAAGGACAACAACAUGGUUUUUUCACUAUUAAUCCUAAUUCAGAAGCUUCCAAGAAGUUGAUGCUUGUCAUCAAGAAGUUCAUUCAAGACAAUUCUUCUUAACGAAAAAAAAAAAAGCUUUUACUAAUAAAGUUUUUCUUUUCAUUAAAAUGUAAUUCUUCUUCUUCUUGUUGGUUGGUUGGAUGACUUGUUUUUGUUUUAUUGUUAUGUAUGUAUUUACUUUAUAUACACUGUCAAUUUGGCGUAUUGAAA